UACGCGCGGCGGCUGGCGGACGGGAGCCCGCGGGCGGACGGGACGGUCUCGCUGGUGCUGGGCCCGGAGCCGACGCUGGUGGACACGGGGGGCCCCUGGGGGCGGGCGCGCCUGCUGGCCGGGCUGGCGGCCGAGGGCCUCUCCCCGGGCGACGUCCGCCACGUGGUCUGCACCCACGGCCACUCCGACCACGCGGGCAACCUCAACCUCUUCCCGCGGGCCGACCUGCUGCUGGGCGCCGACCUCAGCCUGCCGGACGGGCGCUACCUCCCCACCGGGCUGCGCCGGGGCCUGCCCCACGUGCUCCACGCCGGCCACCUGGAGGUCCUGCCCACCCCGGGCCACGCCGGGGGCGAGGACGUCAGCCUGAUGGUGCGCGGCACCGCCCUGGGCCACGUCCUCCUGGCCGGGGACCUCUUCGAGCGCGAGGGCGACGACGGGCAGUGGCAGCCGCUCAGCCAGGACCCCGCGCGGCAGGAGGCCAGCCGGGCCCACGCCCUCCGCAUCGCCGACGUCAUCGUGCCGGGCCACGGGCCGCCCUUCCGCGUCUUCAGGGGGGAGGAGGAGGAGGGGGCCCCCACCCCCGGGCCCGGGGCCUGCGGGCCCUCCCCAGGGGCAGAGGGCCAUUAAAGAGCAGCGUGACCCCCAGGAGCU